AUGCGAGGCCCCCUCACCACUAACCCCACCCCCAGCGAUUUCUACAAUGAAAACACCAUCGACAAGAUCUGGCGCCGCCUGCGCGAAGAGCCGCUCGUCCCCCUCGGCUGCGGCCUCACCGUCUGGGCCAUUGUCGGCGCAACCCGCUCGAUGCGCAAAGGCGACCACAAAGCCACAAACCUGUAUUUCCGCCGCCGUCUGUACGCACAAGCGUUCACCAUUGCCGUCUUGGUCGCCGGUAACAUGUACUGGCAAAAAGACCGGUUGAAGCGCAAGGACUACGAGAAGCAAAAGGCGCAACAGGAACGGCUGGAUAAGAGGGAUAGGUGGUUGAGGGAGCUGGAGAUGCGGGAUGAGGAGGAUAAAGCGUGGAAGGAGCGCUUGGUCAAGAGGAGGAGCGAGAGCGAUUCGGGUGGCGAGGGCAAGGGGAUCACGGACAUGGUGAGAGAGAAGACCAAGGAGUUGAAGGAGAAUGUGCAGGAGCGUUAA